AGGGACUGCUUUUUCAAUGUAUACAAAUUCUACAUAUGAGUGCUAUUAGUCAUAAUCUCGACUUUUAUAAGGAGGAGGAAGCUGAACGGCACCAACUAGAUGUCUUCCUCUUCUUCCUUUUCUCUCUCCAUUCUCUCUCAUCUAUAAAUAACGGUCCUUUUGUAUGAAACCCGCAAGAAAAGACCCACCUUUCGUUCCCAUCGCCGCAGAUUUCUCACCGUGGACGGAGAUGGAGAGGGGAAUCGCGCCGGUUGAGGAGCUCACAUCAGGAGCUAGCAGCCGCAUCAUUCCGGUUUUCAGGGAUGUGCGCCGUUCCAUUAUCUCCCGUGAGGCGGCCAUCCGCUUGUUGCUCUUCCUUCACUCCUUUUUCCUCUGGUUUCUAAUCCUUAUUCGUCUCCGCGGCGGGCGGAGCGCGCUCUCUUCGAAGUCGUCGGUCAUGGCCGGUUCCCCUCUGCCAUCUCCGAGGCGGAGGGGGGUUGUGUUUAGAAAGGGAGGGAGGUUGUCGGCGAAGGAGGAAGAAGAUGCGAAGAGGAGGAGGGCUUUAGCGGAGCAGGUGGAGAUGGUGUUUCCUUUAAACGGUGCUAGAUGCUUAUGCGAGAGUUUUGUGGUCAUGGGAACGAAGAGGAACGCGCUCUUCUGCCGCUCGUGGGUUCCUGCGACCGGAAACAUGAAGGCUAUUUUGCUGAUUAUUCAUGGUCUCAACGAGCACAGUGGAAGAUACGCACAUUUCGCAUCACAAUUGACGUCAUGCGGCUUUGGAGUAUUUGCAAUGGAUUGGAUUGGCCAUGGUGGUAGUGAUGGAUUGCAUGGAUAUGUCCCUUCAUUAGAUUGGGUGGUUGCGGACACUGAACUAUUCCUGGAGAAGAUUAGAGAAGAAAAUCCUGGCGUGCCUUGUUUUCUCUUUGGUCACUCUACCGGGGGUGCGGUGGUGUUGAAGGCAGCUUUACUUUCUCAAAUGGUAGCAGCUCUGGAGGGAAUUAUACUAACAUCGCCGGCACUGCGUGUUAAACCAGCUCAUGCAUUAAUUGGGGCCAUGGCUCCAAUAUUCUCCCUGGUACUACCCAAGUAUCAAUUCAAGGGAGCAAACAAGAAGGGUAUUCCGGUUUCAAGAGAUCCAGCCGCCAUGCUUGCCAAAUACUCAGACCCACUGGUCUACACAGGACCCAUCAGAAUUCGCACCGGCCACGAAAUCCUGCGCAUCUCCGCCCACCUCAUGCAGCAUAUAAGCGCCGUCACCAUCCCCUUCUUCGUCCUCCAUGGAACUGCAGAUAGAGUCACAGACCCUCUGGCUUCUCAGGAUCUGUACAACCAGUCUGCUUCCAAGCACAAACACAUCAAGCUCUACCAAGGCCUUUUGCACGACCUUCUCUUCGAGCCCGAGCGCGAUGAGAUUGGUGCAGACAUUAUUGAAUGGAUGGAGAGCAGGUUGGAGCAGUGAAGGUGAUGAUGAAUGGAGAAAGGAGAAGGUGAAGGAGAUGCUUUUGGUUUGUUUACAGUUACUAGCUAGGUGGUAGCUUUUGUUGCUGUUUUAUGGGUAAUUUGUAUUCAUCUGAAGCCAUUCUGAAUUUGUUGGAUGGGAAUGAGAUUUUGAUGUUGUUAAUGUUGUUAGAUACUUUUAAUUGUAUUAGCCAUAUUAUUUUUAUCAGAUAUGUUUCUGAAAUAUUUUAUUGUAAUAUUUUUUAACCGG